GGAGAAGGAGGGAAAGGAAUACUCACCCAAUCAGAAGCGGUCUGAAAACUUGUCAGAGAAGAGUUUUUUUUUCUUCUUCUUCUUUUUUAGGAUACAGUGUGUUUGUCUCAUACCGUUUUGAUCCAUUUUGUGGCCCCGGGUGGUGCUGGUGAAGCGCACAGCGGGAGGCGCAUUGUCUGUAUGCAAACUGGACGACAUGGCCAUUGUAUGCGUUUGGGCAUAUAUGGAGGCAACGAUGGCCCGGAGGAUACAACACGUCUGAAGUCUCAGUGGAGAGUCGCCCUUCGGCUGUUUUGUGCGCGUUUCUCUCCUCCGACUUUCUCCUUCUUAUUAACCGCUCUGGUCCGUCGCUAUGAGUUGCCUGGAUGUGAUGUACCACCAAAGCUAUGGAGCGCACUACCUCCCUGCAGCAGCGUACAAGGCGACGUACUAUAACCACCAUCACCAGCAACAACAGAGAAGGCUGAGUGUUUACAGUAAGAUGCAGGAGUGUAUGGAGCAGCAGCAGCAGCAGCAACAGCAACAACAGCAAGGAGGAGGAAGAGGGAUGCUUUCCAGGGACCAGGUCCUCCGACAGGGUCCAGCAGCCCCAGGGGUUGAACCUGGCAGGAGAUCCACAUCAGACUCAGAACUAAAGGACAGUAUUCAACCAGCAGAGGCGGAGUACUUGAGCUCCCGGUGUGUUUUGUUCACGUACUUCCAAGGCGAAAUUGGCGAUGUGGUAGAUGAGCACUUCUCUCGAGCUCUCAGUCAGGCCAGCAGCUUCAACAGCGAGACCAAACCGAUCAGAGUGACUCAGCCGUCGGCAUCGACCACAUCUGGCAUAUGGAAAGAUGGUGGAUCUCUCUCUGAAGGUCCGAGCAGCUCAGUGUGGAACAGCACCUAUCCAUCCCAGACCAGUCCCUGCCUGCCGUCUGUCUCUGUCUCAGUCCACCCAGACUUUUCCUCCAGUCCUGUUUCCUUCAACCACCCCGAUGGAGCUCUCUGGACUGACCACAUGCUCUCCCAGGCAAGCCUCCCGCCUCCAGCUACCCUCCCUGAUAGCUGGACCUACAGCCUGAGCCCCCAGAGCACGAGCGGCUACCCCAAUGUCCACAACGUCUACCAUCCUCACCCUCACCCCCACAUCCACACCCGGCACCACCACCCCAUGCUCCAUUCAUACCCGACCCACAGCCCAGCAUUGGAUCCCAGGUUUAAUCCUCUGCUGCUGCCUGGUGUUAGGAACCAGAACCAGCCGACUGCCAGCAGAGAAAGCUCCCCACACAGCGAGGGGGUGAAGACAGAGAUGGACCCCAACAGCAACAGCCCUGUUGCGGCUACCUCUGUCACCUGGACCCCUUCAGCCCUCCAUGGAUCCUUGGAGGUGUAUGACUCAGCUCUUGAUCAGACCAAAGCAAAGUCAUCAGUUUGGUUCUAACUGAUGUGCUGCGAGGGAAGAAGGAAUAUCAAUUGACACCAAAAAGGACUUACUAUGUGGCCCUAUCAAUGUAUGGCUGCAACACCAGCACUGUAAUGUAAAAUGUAGAUAGAAGGCUUACUGUAGCUCAGACUAUGAGUCCUGCACUGUCCACACAACUUAUUACGGAUAUGAACUCAGGCUUUGGACUUAAAUGACAGCGAUGUAACGCUUUGGCUGCAGGGCAAGGCCUUGAAGAACGAUUCCAACAGACUACUAUCUGUAAGAACGAGAGGCCUCUUUUUCUCUGUCGGCACAAAUCACCAUUUCUUUUUCAUGCAAUGUGACACUAAGUGGUUCUGUUUCAAGAGCUUGAUUUUGAUCUACAUUUUGUUUUGUACAGUAAAUGUGUGUUUAUGACUGUAAAUGGGUUUUGUUUUAAUUUUUGUACAGUUUUUGCCAUGCUAAGUUGUUGUUUGCUGGAUGACCUCCGCUAAAAUGUUUGCCUGAAUGCUACCUUACUCUAUUUGCCUUUGGGGGUUUUGCAGUAUAAAUAUUGAGUAUUGUAUGUUU